AUGUUCACCCUCUGCGUUACAAACAGAGUUCGCUUCGGUGUGUUGAACAGCAUCCACCCGAUUCCGCGCGGAAUUCUGAGGCUUAAGAGUGACGAGGACCUCAUCAUGGCCUUCCAUAUACUCUUGGAAGAGAUAGAGAGUUGGCCGUCAUCCAUGAGACUGGUAAAGACACUUCAGAACAUCAUCGAAGUGGUGUUUGAAAUGCACGGCGGAUGGGCCUACCUCCAGCUGGGACAGCAUCAGCAAUCGUUCCUUCAGCAGAUGUCGUUACAGCAUUCUUUCAACCUACCGCAACAAAAUUUUUUCAUCAAUCAACAGAUACCACCACCAGCGAUGAUUGGACAGGCUCUUACCCAGAAUAUUGUUGUGCACUCGCACACAGCGCCAGCGCCUGCUCAGAUCCAAGGGUCCUCCAACCAAGACAAAAAUGAGCUCUUUCUCGACCGGCUCAACAAAGAUAAUGAUCACAACGAGAAGAUGAAGCACAGAUACGAUGACGAACUAGCAGUGAAGGCGCGAGCCAGGCUGGAAGCUGAAGAGAAGAAAGCGAUUAAGACGGAGAAAGAGGAGGCUCGUAAGCUCAAGGAGGCACAGAAAAGAUUCGAAAGGAUCAAGAUUGAAAAUGACCUGAAAGAGGACACCAUACUGCGCACUGACGAGGCAUUGAGUAGAGGAGAUGAGAUGAAGCGCAAGACGCGUGAGAUGAUGGAAAGGGCAGAGCAGGAAAAGCUUGAUGCUGAACGAAAAUUUGCGGAACAGCGUCGAGAAGCAGCCGUAAAAAGGGAGCAGGAUAGGCGAAAUCAGGAAAGGCAGGACCAACAGAGGCGAGAGCAGGAUAGACAAAGCCACUUUAACGAAGAGGUCAAGCAACCACACGACUACAGGCAGCGCAUGCUAUCUGAAAACGAACGAUCACAGCAGUUCUCCCCGACUCCACAAAAUCAACUCGUUCCUGACAACGACGAUGACGACCCCGAUAGUGAUGAAGAGAAGCGGAAAGAUCCGUACGAACUUAUUGGUCUACCUGACAGAGGGCGCACACCGGUCAAAGAUAUCGAAACCACCCAACGAGUGUUGAACAGAAUACAUCAGAAGACUCUCGAUACUGCAAUGUCAGAUUCUAAGAGAAUUCACGCCGAAAAACGUAUGGUUGAGAUCAAGUGGGCAGCAGAUAUUCUGUUGAAUGAGAUGAAUAAGAGGGCUUUUGACGAGGCUGGUGCUAUUCAUCCUCACGAACAGCAGGCGUGGAGGAAGAAGAGUAAGUGA